CAAGCGGUGGGUGUGCCCGGCACAUGAACUCUUUGACGCUGCUGCUGCUCUGCUGGGUCGCGGCCCCCUGCGCGGCGAGCUCGCGGCUGCAGUCCGCGGUGGCCAAGAUCAGGAGUGCGUUCGGAUCGCGAGCGGGCGGACCGAGGUUCAACGCAAGCGCGACCGGUGGCGCCCGCCCGCGAUUCAGCGCGACCGGCGCCGGCCGCUGCCCGAAUAGUAAGAACAGCACCCUGCCCGGGUCGAAAUCGAACGAAUGGAGGAUCGGCGGUGGCCGGCUGACGGGCAGCGCAGCCGCACGCACCUACUUCUUUGCGUUCGCCGCCGGCUCCGAGGACGUGCUGCUCGAGCACUUUGUCUCCCACUACUCGGCGCUGGGCAUCAACUUUGCCACCAACUCGCGCCUCGUCCUCCACCUCACGGGCGCGGCCGAGGUAGCCGCGCGCGAGCAGGCGUCGGUGGCGUACUUGCGCGGCAAGUCCAUCCCGUUCCGCAGCUCGCCGCGGUACACGAGCCAGAUCAAGGCGCUGCUCGCCAACGGGUACCUGCGCACGCUGCCCGACGAGGCGCUCCUCAUGUACCCGGACCUGGACGAGUUCUUCGCCCUCCCGUGCCGCGUCGGCGACCUCCUCGCCCGCUCGGAGCGCAAGUUCCUCCUCACCGCAAAGUUCCGCGAGCGGCUGCCGCGCCACUGGGCCUGCGACCCGUUCCCGCGGCUCCAGCCGGCCAGCGUGCGACCGAUCCACGCGCAGUACCCUGUCGCGUGCCCCAUCAUCGCCAGCGGCGCCAGGCGCGGCGUCUUCGGCACCGCGCUCAGCCUGGGCUACCAGAAGAACCUGCUCUUCUCGGUGAGAGACCAGCGAGGGAGGCGCGUGCAGUACCAGAGCUCGCACAGCUGCACGUGCAUCGACGACGCCGCGCCGGACGAGAAGCACGAGUGCGAGCUCCAGGAGUACAGGGUGCCGGACAUCGCCCACUUCCGCUUCACGCACGAGGCGCCGCGCACGAAGGACUAGAUGGUCGCAACUCCUAGCGCACCUCUCACGCAAGUGAUCUGCUACUGCUGCUGCUGCUGCUGCUGCUGCUGCUGCUGCUGCUGCUGCUGCUGCUACUGCUGCUGCUACUGCUGCUGCUGCUGCUGCUGCUGCUACUGCUACUGCUGCUGCUGCCACUAGGCGAUCGAGCUGCUCUGGAAGAAGCUCAGCGGGUACAGUGUGACCUACAUCCGCGACCACAAGCGGCACCGUCUCGACGCGAUCGAGCACGCUGGCCUCGCUGCUGCCCACCAGCGAGCUGUGAGUGGCUCCGGGGGGCAGCAGCCCUCCGGGGACGAGCAGCUGGAGAAGGCGGGCAACCACCACCACCACCACCACCACCACCGAGCCAAGGAGAAGGACGACGCGCGCGCCGCGCGGCCAGAGGGUGCCGCUGGCUCCUCGCUGCUCAACCGCUUCGCAAGCGGCGGCAAGGGCAAGAUGAAGAUCGCGAUGCGGGACUACUACACCGAGGCGUCCAUCUUCGCGUGGGCGGACAGCGGCGAGCCGAUCACCGGCAACCCGCAGCCCAAGCGCUCGAACGCGAGCUUCGACAAGAAUCGCGAGCUAGAUCCGAGCAUCUACAAGCUCGCGCUCGACAUCGCACAAGGGAAGACGCGGAGCUGGAACGCUACCAGCGCAGUGCGGCCCGCCGACCUAGAAGCGGAGAGAUAUGGGGGAGAUAUGGGGGAGAUAUGGGGGAGAUGCGUGCUGCGGCCCGCCGACCUAGAAGCGGACUACGCAUUCCUGUCUCCCGAACCACAGUCACGGCACACGUUAUGCCGUGCUCCCGCCCCGAGUUGUUGGUGCAUUCAACACGUAGAACCGUUGUAGGCUCACCGCGUCCGCAGCCCGCCGGAUCGAAGCCCUCUGCCCGCUCCGGCGGGCGCCUGACACGCAUGAUGGCGGAUGCCAGCGAGCAGGAAGCGCGCGCGUGUGAACUUCUCUCUUCUUCCUUGACUGCGACCGCAGACGCCAGACGCGCGCACCGUUUCUUGAGCUCGGGCGCAUUGCCAUUCUCUCACUGUGUGCCGCGUUGUCAUGCCGUUUGUGCGGCUAUCUGGGAGCGAACGAGCUUGAGCCACACCGGUC